UCUGGUGGCCAACUAUCUCCGGUGACAUUGCCCGGUUCGUGCGAAAUUGUCUCGGCUGUGCCCGAGAACGUGCCCGAGAACGUGCCCGAGAACGUGCCCGUCACAUUGCUCCGUGCGGGUACUCGGAAGUCGUCCGUUCCAGACGUUGGGACACUGUCUAUAUAG